GAGUCCUAUCUAGCUUUAACUGUGUAGUCAGUCCCUCAGUGACAGAUCAGAGUAUCAGGGUUAGUGAGUAUCCUCCGGCCUCUGUUAGCUCCUUCAUGACUCACUGAGGACACCACAGCUGUCAGAUCCAACAUGAGGCUGCUGCCAGUGGUUGUUACACUGUUACUGACGGUGGCUGUGGCUUAUUAUGUUUACACCCCACUGCCUGAUGCCAUCCAGGAGCCGUGGAAGCUGAUGAUGCUGGAUGCUGCGUUCAGGACCACCAUGCACCUGAGCCGUUUGCAGGCUUGGCUGGGCUCUGACCAUUACAUUAUAUCAAUGAGGCAGUCCACAGAAGGUUUCGAUGGCCUGAUGGUUGGGCUGCGUGGUUCUGAGUCCAGCGGAGGGGUCAUGCUCGGAGUGAAAGUCAGCGACAUGACUUUUGCUGGUGUCCCAGUCCGAGUGUAUGAGCCCCCGGCUGGAGGGGAGGGUCAUCUGAGGAGAGGGUUGUUGUUUUUCCACGGAGGAGGCUGGGCGCUUGGUAGUGGCAAGAAGGGGGCAUAUGAUAGCCUCAACCGGAUGUUGUCCGACGAGCUCAACACCGUUGUGGUCUCUGUUGAGUAUCGUCUGUAUCCAGAGGUGCAUUUUCCAGAGCCGUAUUUAGACUGCCUCGCUGCCGCCAAGCACUUCUUAUCCCCAAAGGUUCAGGCCAAGUAUGCGAUCGACCCCGAACGUGUGGCCGUGGCAGGUGACAGUGCUGGGGGAAACCUGGCUGCUGCGGUCGCUCAAGAGAUUUCCUUAGAUGACACUAUGAGUGGGAAAUUCAGUGUCCAGGCGUUGAUCUACCCAGUGCUCCAGACUCUGGACUUCAACACACCCUCCUACCUGCAGAACCAACAUGUGCCCAUCCUCUACCGGUCCGUCAUGGUCAACUUCUGGCUGCAGUACCUCGGCGCUGACCUCUCUCUGCAGUCCCAGUGGCUGGCAAACAACCACAGCUCAAACAUCACCCCAGAGCUGAGGGCGCGGGUGGACUGGACCGCCCUCCUGCUCCCGAAACACAAGAAGAACUACAAGCCUCUGAUAGUGGAGAAAAGUUCACAGGGGGCAGUGAAGGAGGUGCCGGGGAUGCUGGAUGUGAGGGCGGCGCCGCUGUUGGCAGGACCUGAGGUUUUGGCGAAAUGCCCCCGAGCUUACAUCCUAACAUGCGAGUAUGACGUGUUGAGGGAUGAUGGCCUGAUGUACGCGCGGCGGUUACAGGACGCAGGUGUCACAGUUACUGUCGACCACUAUGAGGAAGGCUUCCACGGAUGUGUCAGCUUUGUAAAAUGGCCUUUUGAAUUUGAUGUAGGGAAGAGAGCACUUAGAGGUUACUUCAACUGGCUGCAGAACAACUUGUAAGAGUGUGUAUGUGUGUGCAAGUGUGUGACGGAUGCAUGCAUGUGUGUGUGUGUCUCAGUGAUACAAAUGCAGUGAUCAUUGCUUCAUGAAUCACAGACUUGCCAAGGGCUGAUACAUCUGCUCUUUGUUUAAAAAUCAAAGCUCAGGGGCCUCAUGUACCUGUGUAACAUUUAAGGUCUAUUAACACUGUAACAUGCUGGUAAUGGAGAGGGCAAAUAUGUGAACAUUACCAACACUGUCACCAGCUAAUAAAAAUGCCUAAUAGAUGCACAGCCA